AUGACGUCUCAACAUUCUGAUUUCGACGCCUUCUACGACGACCAGGUCGCAGCUCAUCGACGGUUCCUUUCGCAACAGAAUCCCUGGGAUCGCAUCACACAACCGAGUGUUCUGAUAUCCUGUCUCAUCGUCGUCCUCACCCUUUCGUACAACUUAUAUGCUUCCACCACCACUCUCCAGGAGUCAAUACGCUUAUUGGGAACAAGUCUCUGGGACGGUCUCGUAUUUAUUGUCCCAGAGAGACUCUUGGAUGCGAUAGACACACCCGAUACCUCCACGACCACAACCUCCUUACCAAUGCUGCGCGCCGAACGAAGCCGACACGAUGUUAAGAGCGACAAGAUGCGAAGGGUCCUGGGGCUGGACCGCUCUGGUGGUGUCAUGUCCUCAGUCCUCCAGGUCCGGAGCCGCGCCCUUUCUCUAACAGGUAGCGUUCUGGGAUUGAAGGGCGAGCCUUUCUGCCCACCAGGCCUCGGUAAUAUGGACAACUCAUGCUACCAAAAUAGCAUCCUCCAGGGACUUUCAUCUCUCAAACCCCUCCCUGAAUACCUCUCCGCCUACCUUGAAGCGUCCGACGACAGCGGCGACCAAGAUGUUGCACAAACAUUACGAACAUUGAUCGCCGAUCUCAACGACGGGACGAAUUACGGAAGAACAUUAUGGACGCCUGGCGUACUCAAGUCCAUGAGCACCUGGACACAACAAGACGCUCAAGAAUACUAUUCUAAAAUACUGGACGACAUUGAUAAAAGUGUUGCCAAAGCUGUCAAAAGCGCGCAGCCUCAGCACCCCGGCCUUGCAGUUAAGAUGGACAAGGACGACACAACUGCGAGUGAGCACAGCGACGACAGUGGUUAUCAAAGUAUGAUUAAUUAUUCCGAAAACAACUUACCUCAUAACCCACUGGAGGGCAUGCUCGCGCAAAGAGUCGCCUGUGUCCAGUGUGGUCAUUCCGAUGGACUAUCGAUGAUCCCCUUCACAUGCUUGACGCUAAGUCUGGGGUUGAACAAGAAUCAGCACGACCUGUAUGAACGGUUGGAUGCGUACAGCAAGGUGGAGGCGAUUGAGAACGUCGAGUGCACCAAAUGUACACUGGUCAGGACUCAGCAACAACUAUCGGCCAUGUCAAAGAAGAUGAAGGAAAACGGGUCACCCAACGAAAAAGUUGUAGAGCAUCUAAACCAGCGAUUGGAGGCAGUCGAGCUCGCCUUGGAAGAAGAUGACUUUGACGACAAGACAUUGACCGAAAAGUGUAAGAUCUCGGCUCAGAACAAAGUCAGUUCGACAAAGACUAAGCAGAUUGUCAUCUCUCGACCACCAAAGAGUUUGGCGAUUCAUAUGCAACGUUCGGUGUUUGACCCCUCUACCUUCAAUAUGAUGAAGAACUCAGCGCCAGUCGAUUUCCCCAUGACGCUAGAUCUUGCACCUUGGUGCUUGGGUAGUACUGGCUCGAAUCCAUUGGACGAAAAGUCGAGACUGGAAGAAGAAUGGGUUACUGACCCUCGAAAAUCGAUGGUAGCCGGCGAUCAGGGUUCAAGCAAGCUUGCAGGACCCAUUUACGAGCUUCGUGCGGUGGUGACACAUUAUGGGCGACACGAGAAUGGCCACUAUAUCUGUUAUCGCAAGUACCCACGACGCAGCCCUCCUACCAAGGCAGCUGAGGAUGACGUGCCUGAUAAUAAGGCUGGUGCUCAGUCGGAGACCAGUACGGAUGAGAAAGAAAGGGAAGAGCCCGAAAUGGAUUGGUGGCGCUUGAGCGAUCACAAUGUCUCCCAAGUCAGCGAGGAUGUUGUCUUGAGUCUUUCCCCUGGCGUCUUCAUGCUCUUCUACGAUUGCGUAGACCCUAGCAUGGUCAUGAACGAUGAAGACGACGUCAACAUGCAAGAUGCAAAUGAAGUCGCGGAUGUAUAUGCCGCAAACAGGCUGGUCGGUGCCACGGGAAAUGCGGCCCCAAUCGGCCAGGGGCUCGAAAGUCAAAAGGCUAAUGGGACGCCAAAGGAGCCAUCUGGAUAUGAAGAAGGUGCCACGUCAUACAGCUCAAAUGGCCAAACUGAUGAAACCAUAACGCGCGGCUCAGAUUUAGCUGCUAACGCGCCUUCACUGAUUCGUGCUGGGCUAUGA